AUGCCGGUUUCCAGUGGGAUCCAGUGGUUUUGGGGGAAAGCUGAGCUCUGGCAGCCAGGUGACUGCGGGCCGCCUCCUGCCAUGACCCACUCCAGGCCCUCCAGCAGCUCCAGCAGCUUCCCGGUGGGAUCCAGGGUGACUUUCACCUGUGCCGAGGGAGCCCGCAGGAUCCCGGGGCUGCCGGACACCUCGGAAUGCCUGCCCGGCAGCAUCUGGUCCAGGCUGCCAGAGCCCUGCGGCCGGAGCUGCUCUGCCCCAACACGGCUGAGGUUCGCUGCCCUGUCCAAGGAGGACAAGACCAGGAAUUUCUUCCCCGUUGGCACCAAGGUGAGCUACGUCUGCCGGCCCGGCUACGAGAACACCUCGGAGAGCUCCCCCUCCAGCACCUGCCUCGAGAACCUGACGUGGUCACAGCCCCCUGAGCUGUGCAGGAGGAGGUCCUGCGGCGCCCUGGGAGCGCUGCCCGGGGGGAGAACGGGGCCCCUCAUGGCCCUGGAGCUGGGAGCACGAGUGGAUGUGUCCUGUGAGGAUGGGUACAAAUUAGUUGGGAAUAAUUUCAUCCAGUGCCAGCUGAAAGGAAACGAUGUUGAAUGGAGCGAACUUCCAACUUGUGAAUUAAUCACCUGCUCUCCACCUCCUCCGAUCAGCCACGGCAGACACGAUGGGGAAGGCGCUGAAAUUUUUGCUUAUAACUCCACGGUGACCUACAGCUGUGAGCCCGACUUCCAGCUGCUCGGGAAUGGGAGCAUCCGCUGUCAGAGCAGGGAUGGAACCAGCGGGGUCUGGAGCGGUGCCGUGCCCGAGUGCAAAGAGAGAAGCUCAGCUGUCAAACUUGGAGCAAAAGGCAUGGAGAGCAGAGCUUCUCCCAAAACUCCCCAGGGAAAUGGAAUCCAAGCCUCUAGGAAGGGUCUCAGGUGGGAGAUGAAGCUCAGCCUCUAUAAAAAGGCGCUCCAAAACACCAUCUCCUCCUCCCAGUCUUCCUUCAGGAAACCAGUGAGCAGGAACCGGGCUGCCUCAGGGUUCAGAUUUGUUCUGCCUUUGUACAAAUCCCCAAAAUCCUAUUCUGGGGCCAGCAAAGGAGCCAUGUGUCCUCCGAAGCACCUGGGGAUCCUUCCCUCACCUGGCUGCUUUCAAAAGUUAAAACGAUCCAAAUUUCCAUCAUUUUGUAGAAGGAGGUGGUGCACAGCCAGGAGAAGCUGGAUGUGGUGGAAAUUCUGGUCCUCCAAAUUCCCCACCCGCUGCAAAGGAGGAUUUUAUCCGUCGGACUGCGGGCCGCUGCCAAAUAUCAGCCACGCCGAGCCCCAGGGGGACACCAAAGAGCAGCAGAGCUUCAGUGUGGGCUCCACCGUGACCUUCAGCUGUGUCCCGGGUUACACCAAGCGCCCCUUUCUCUCCGACACCAUCCAGUGCCUGACCAACUCCCGCUGGUCCAGCCUGCCAGAGUUCUGUGGCCGCAGCUGUCCCAGGCCACCAUCUGUGAAAUUUGCUUUGUUAUCACCGGAAGAUCAAAGGCAGAAUUUUUACGCUGUUAAUACCACGGUAAGGUACAUUUGUCACCCAAGUCAUGAAAACACCACAGACCAGCCCCCCACCAGCACCUGUUUGGACAACUUAACGUGGACAGAAGUUCCUGAACUGUGUCAGAAGAAAUCUUGUGGUAUUCCAGCUGAUCCAGAAAAUGGGCAAGUUAUGGCAAAAAAUCAUCAGCUGGGAGCAACAGCCAAUGUGGUUUGUGACCGUGGGUACAGAUUGGAGGGAGCGUCACCUUCCAUCAGGUGUUUACUGCAGGAAGGCAAAGCUGUCUGGAGUCCUCUUCCAGUUUGUCAGGUGAUUUCCUGUCCCCCUCCUCCAGCCAUUGCUCACGGGCAGCACAGUGGGAACAGCUCGCAGGAGUUUGUGUUCGGCUCCAUCACAACCUACACGUGUGAGCCGGGGCUGGAGCUGGUGGGACAGGACACCCUGCUCUGCACCACAGACAGCGGGGACAACGGCACCUGGAGCGGGGCCCCUCCCACCUGCCGGGUUAAAACCACAGCAGAGACAAACCAAACCAAAGCCUCAGAAGAGAAUCCUUACUGGCUGGCAAGCAUCCUCAUUCCAAGCUGCAUUGUUCCCCCAGUAGUCCUUGGACUUCUUGCUGGGGUCAUCAUGAGCCGGAAAGAGAGUGAAAAGCACUCUUACAAUGUGAAUUUACAAAAGCGCGAGAUGAAGGGAAGGGAUGCAGCCAUGCACCUGGAGGUUACAGAUGAGAAGAAGCAGCUCAAGCCCUGGAAUUCCUAUUUUUGCCACACAGGGAACUGCCACGUGUGCCCCAGCUGUGAGGAGCAGCUCCACGGUGACCUGGCCCCUCUCUCAGAGCCCACACGCCUCGGCUGCGCCGUCUGCCAGGACUGGCUGAGCUCCCAGCCCCAAAAACCCCGCACCUACUCGGUCCCCAGCGUCGGUGAUGGGGACAGGCAGAGCCCAGCAGGCACCAGCUCUCCUGUCAAAGCUGGGGAUGUGCUGAGGGGAAAUGGCACAGAAGAAGCUGCUCCGUGGUGGAGUGAGGCAGAGCAGCCCAGGGACCACCAAAGUGAGCACAUCUGUCCCAUCUGUGAGAGCUGGCUCCGUGCCCACACUGGCCAGGGUGGCAGCAGGGCUGUGGCACCGGGGGACUGGCAGGACGAGAGCCCAGAGCUCCCCAUCUGCCCUCCCUGCAGGGACUGGCAGCUCCUGUCCCUUGUCCACGGGGACACAGCCAGCAGCCCCGUGUGUCCCCUGGCCGGGGGGGACACCCUGAGCCACCUGGUCCCUGUGCAGAGCCCCGGCUGCCACGUCUGUCCCGUGUGCUCGGUGCCCAGCCACGCUCACCUGUGCAGCCCCCGCACCUGGCGGCCGCAGACGUGGGGCAUUUCACCUUCGCUGUGGAAUGGAAAGCUGAGCUGUCCUCGGCCACCGAGCAUCGCCAAUGGGCUGCACAGCGGACACUCCUGGGCCAGCUUUCCCCGGGGGGUGACCGUGUCCUACAGCUGCAGCGAGGGCUUUCAGCUGCUCGGGAACGCCUCCAUCACCUGCACGGACUCCGGGCUCUGGAGCCGGCCCCUGCCCCGCUGUGAAGCGAUCGGCUGCCAGGUCCCCGAGGUGCAGAACGGGAACGUCUACAACCCCCAGAGCACCUACAGAGCUGGAGAGACCCUGCUGUUCGACUGCGAUGCUGGAUACAGCUCAGAGGGCACGGCCGAGGCUCGGUGCCAGCCCGGGGGCACCUGGGACCCGCCGCUCCUUGGCUGCCAGAGGGUCCGGCCGUGCCCGAUGCCUCCGGAGGUCGCCAAUGGAAAGCACAACGCGCAGGACAAAGCGUUUUUCACGGCUGGCAUGUCUGUGAGGUACAGCUGCCAUCCCGGCUAUUACCUGGUGGGAAAUGCCGCUGUGUCUUGCAGAGCAUCGGGGAACUGGAGCCAGCCCAGCCCUCGCUGUGAAGGGACCGUCUGCAUCACUCCAAUCGUAGCCAACGGAAGGCAAAUUGCUGGCCACGGACUCCUCUCUGCGCCCGGGCAAACGGUGACAUUCGAGUGCCACGAUGGUUACAGGCUGCGGGGCAGUGCCAGCGUGUCCUGCCAGCAGGAUGGCAGCUGGCAGCCCCCUGCUCCUGCGUGUGACACAGCACUGCCUCACCAGGACACCUUCAGGUCUCCAGGUUCUUGUGGUGCUCCCACAAGGUUUCAGUUCGCUGAGCUAAAUGAGGAGCAUAGAAAUGCCAUUGAUUUUUCUGUUGGGAAGACUGUGCAAUACACUUGCCGCCCUGGAUAUGCUAAAGUCCCAGGAAUGUCACCUACUGUUACAUGCCUUGAGAGCGGAGUGUGGUCAGAAGCACUAGAGUUCUGUAAAAGGAUACAGUGCAGACACCCUGGUGAGCCUGUGAAUGGCAAGAUUAUUUCCCUGACAGAUCUCCAGAUUGGGUCUACAGUGGUUUACGGCUGUGAGGAGGGGCACAGGUUGAUUGGACAGUCCAGCAGACGCUGUCAGAUCUCUGGGGCACGCGUUGCAUGGAGCGGUGACGUUCCCCUCUGCCAGCGCAUCCCUUGUGAGCCACCCCCGGACAUCCCCAACGGGAAGCACUCGGGCCGGCUGCUGAGCGAGUUCCACUACGGCACCUCGGUGACCUACAGCUGUGACCCCGGCUUCCCUCUGCACGGGGAGCCCUCCAUCCACUGCACCACCCGCGACGGCAGCAGCGGCGUGUGGAGCGAGCCCCUGCCGGCCUGCGGAGUGGCGAGUUGUCCAGUCCCACGGAUCCAGAAUGGGAGGAUCGUGGCUCCCAGGUCUGCCUACGCACACAGGGACACGGUGACAUUUGAAUGUGACCCAGGCUAUGCCAUUCGUGGCCACAGAGAGCUCCAGUGCCAACCAAACAACACCUGGGAGCCGCCUGUGCCGGUCUGCGAGCCGGCAGCUGGCUGCAGAGCCCCUGCCAGGCUGGAGUUUGCCGAGCUGAAGGAGCGCUACAGGCAGCAGGAGGUGUUUCCCGAGGGGAGCAGGGUGGAAUUCGUGUGCCAGCCUGGCUACACCCAGCUCCCGGGGGUCUCGCCAGCCAUCACCUGCCUCAGGAACCAGACGUGGUCUGCAGCGCUGCAGUUCUGUCAAAGGCAGCAGUGUCCCAGCCCAGGGGACCCAGAGAAUGGCAGAGCUGCUGUGCUCACAGAUCUCCUCCUCGGCUCCAGAAUUAAUUACACUUGUGACAAAGGGUACAAGCUGGUGGGAGGCUCCCAGAGAAUUUGUGAGGUCUCUGGCACAGGUGUCUCGUGGAGUGGGGAUCCUCCUGUCUGCCAGCGCAUCACCUGCGCUCCCCCCCCGGCCAUCCCGCACGGGACACACAGCGGGGGCUCCAGGGACAGCUUCUCCUUCGGGGACGUGGUCACCUACACCUGCAGCUCGGGGCUGGCCCCGGCUGGAGACGCCUCCCUGUCCUGCAGCUCUGCGGAUGGGCAGCGCGGCUCGUGGAGCGGGGCAGUGCCACGGUGCCAAGAGGUGAGGUGUCCUGCCCCCCCCAGCAUUGCCAAUGGGCAGCACAGUGGCAGCCCUGGGGCCAGGCACGGCCCGGGCUCCGAGGUGCUGUACACCUGCGCCGAGGGUUAUUCCCUGCUCGGGAACGCUUCCAUCCGCUGCACCGCCAGGGGAACUUGGAGCCGGCCCCAGCCCCGCUGCCAAGCAACCGGCUGCACCAAGCCGGAGAUUGAGAACGGAAAAGCGACUGGCUUGGAGACCACCUACAAGCUGAAGGACAUCAUUUUCUUCGAAUGCAACUUUGGUUAUGCCUUGAAGGGCUCUCAAGAGUCUCAGUGCCAGUUUGGGGGCAAGUGGCACCCUCCUGUCCCCACCUGUGAGAAGCUGCCGCCGUGUCCUCCCCCUCCAAUUAUCAGAAACGGCCAGCACGACAGCAAGGGUGUGACAGAAUUCAUCCCUGGCACGUCAGUGAAGUACAACUGUGAGCCGGGGUACGCCCUCACUGGGAAAACCACCGUGUCCUGUUUGCCCUCAGGAGUCUGGAGCAUCCCUUACCCCCGCUGUGAAGUGAUCACCUGCAGCAGCCCCAGCAUCAAGAACGGAGAGGUGGCCGAGGGCAGGAGGGCUGUGUACCACCCUGGGGACAAUGUCACCUUCCAGUGCCAGCCAGGCUUCAUGCUGAGGGGCAGCCGUGCGGCCAAGUGCCAGCCCGACAGCCGCUGGGUGCCUGCUGUCCCCACCUGCCAGCCAGCAGCCGAUUGUGGCACACCACCACCGCUGCUAUUUGCUGAGCUAAGUGAGGAGUAUGAAAAUCAGACUGCGUUUCCCGUUGGGAUGACUGUGAACUACACCUGUCGGCCUGGAUAUGUGGAACAGCCACAGAUAUCACCAACCAUCACAUGUCUUGAAAACCUAACAUGGUCUGAAGCCAAGGAGUUUUGCAAAAUGCUGCAAUGCCCUUCACCUCCAAAUAUUGACAAAGGAAAGCACAACAGCCAGGACGUGGAGGUUUUUCCCUCUGGGAUGGUUGUGAACUACAGCUGUGACCCUGGCUACAGCCUCCAGGGAGAGGCAUCCAUCUACUGCACCGACUCUGGCAACUGGAGCCUCCCUCUCCCUCAGUGUGCAGGUGGCUGUGGUGCACCUCCAAACCUCACCUUUGCUGAGCUAACCAGGGAAUACAGAAAUCAGCUGGAAUUUGCUGUUGGGGACACCGUGCGCUACAGCUGCCGGCCGGGACACUCCAGACGCCCCGGAGUGCCCCAAACUCUGACUUGCCUCCAAAACCGCACGUGGUCUGAAGCCCUAGAAUUCUGCAAAAGGAAGCAGUGUAAACACCCAGAGUCCCCCAGGCACGGCAGAGUUGUUGUUCUGACAGAUCUCCUUUUCGGGUCAACCGUGAGCCACACGUGUGACCAAGGGUACAGACUGGUUGGACAGUCCCACAGGAGAUGUGAGAUUUUGGGAAGAGAUGUUGUCUGGACCGGUCUGCCUCCCACCUGUCAGAGGGUGGUGUGCCCAGCCCCACAGAUCCAGGAUGGGAGGGUGGCUGUCCCCAAGCCCCACUACAUCUACAGGGACUCUGUCACCUUCAAGUGCCACCAAGGCUUCACCCUGCGAGGCCAUCCCACGUCCCAGUGCCAGGGUGACAGGAGGUGGCACCCACCUGUACCUGUCUGUGAGCGGGAUGGAGCAGCAGCACCUUACCACCAGCCUGCUACCACAACAAAGCCAGUGCUGCACUGCUCCAAGCCUGCAGAUAUCACCCACGGGUCUUUCCAUGGCCCAGCAAAAGCAGUUUUUACUCCGGGAACAUCUGUAAACUACACCUGUGAGCCUGGCUUCUCUCUGCUGGGGACAGCAUCCAUUUAUUGCACAGCAUCUGGAGCCUGGAGCCAUCCCCCUCCCGUCUGUCAAGCCGGGAAGUGUCUGCAGCCUCCAAACAUCACCAAUGGGAGGCUCAAAGGCAACACCUCUGCCACCUUUCCCUCCGGAGCCUCUGUAUCCUACAGCUGCAAUCCUGGUUACUCACUGCUUGGGAAUGCUUCCAUCACCUGCACCGUGUCGGGAGCCUGGAGCCAGCCUCUCCCGCAGUGCCAAGAGAUCAGAUGUGAAUUCCCGGAUGUCCAAGGUGUUAAAAAAGCCAUUAAAGGAAAUACUUAUCGCUCUGGGACUAACAUCACUCUGGAAUGUGAUGAAGGUUACGUGCUGGAAGGAAUCAGCCACACCCAGUGCCAAGAGGAUUUCAGCUGGGACCCUCCCGUGCCAGCCUGUAAAAUGAGUAAGGCAUCCUCCCACUCCAGGUCUGUGGGCCUAGGAGCGGCGGCCGCAGCAGUUCUGCUGCUCCUGGGGGCAGGCGUUGUCUGGAAAAUAAUCUCCAAGCAGAAGGAAGGCUAUUAUCGUACCUAUGAGAACUACAAUUACAGAACCCCCCUGAACUCAGCAACUGAGCACAAAGACUUGUGUCUGCCAUAGGAGGCUGGGCAUCCGUGCUGCUGCUAACCAGGCACCGGGCUCUGAGGAAACGCUGCUUACAUGGAGACUGGAAUUCUGUGCCCAAAAAAGGACAUUUUACUGUAAAUCUUGAAUGCUUUUCUGCUCUCAGUAGUUACUGUGAGGAUUUAACGAGGCUCAGACUGCACAGUGCAGGUGCUGCCUCGGAGGGAAUUCUGUGCGCUGCUCCUGAUGAAGAAUAUUUCCUUUAUCCCCAAAAAACUGGAUAACCAAGAAGAUAAACCUGAGCUUUGGCAGACAGAAACAUAACCCCCAUUCCCUGUCUCCCUGCACCCACCAAAACACACCUGGGCAAGGUGUUAAUUAAUUAAUGUCUUAAUUACAGCUGUAUUUACAUCUUUAUUUCCUUCCAGCAAUGCUUAUGUGCAGCAUUCUUCUACCAAUGCUUAACCUAAUAAAAGCUGAUGAUUACAA